CAAAACAAUGACUAAAACCCAUAACAGUUAAACCCUAGUCUCUUCUUCCUCGUUCGUGUCUUCGUCUCUGGCACUUCACCUUCACCUCACCUAGCAGAAGAAGAAAAGUGUGAAUUGAAGGUGGAUGAAUAUGGGCGAAGAGGGUGGUGAAGGUAGCACGAGGAGGCUCCAAGUGCGGUUCGUGACCAAGUUGGCUGAACCCUUCAAAGUCCCAACCACCGCCAUUGCCAUCCCCGCCGACCUCACCAGAUUCGGCCUCUCUUCCCUCAUCAACGCUCUCCUUCAAGCCAACGAAGAUGAUUAUAAGCCGGAGCCGUUUGAUUUUUUGAUUGAUGGCGAGUUCGUUCGGAUGUCGCUCGAGCAGUUUCUUCUGGCUAAGGGAAUCUCUGCGGAAAGGAUUUUGGAAAUUGAGUACACAAGGGCUGUGGCCCCUCGAAAGGAGGAAGACCCUUCUUUACAUGAUGACUGGGUCAGUGCUGUUGAUGGUUCUUCUUCUAGGUUCUUUUUGACAGGAUGUUAUGAUGGUUUAGGGAGGGUAUGGAAAGAUGCAGGAUUAUGUUCCCAUAUAUUGGAAGGACACAGUGAUGCUGUCUCUUCUGUUAGUAUCAUUAAUCCAACAGGCGCAGAAACUGUUACAGUAGCUACUGCUUCAAAAGACCGGACACUGAGGCUAUGGAAGCUCAAUACAGAGGAGCCUGUAAACCAUCCUAUGAGGGUCAGGGCUUACAAAGUCUUGCGUGGUCACAAGGCUGCUGUACAGAGUGUUGCAGCACAGGCUUCUGGAGAAAUGGUUUGUUCAGGUUCUUGGGAUUGCACCAUCAAUCUAUGGCAAAUCAAUGACUUUAAUGCUGAAGAUCUAGUGUCUAAGAAGAGAAAAGUUGGAGGUCAAAUUGAGGAGUCUCAACUAGAAGGAGAGGCUUUUACUACCCUUGUGGGCCUUACACAGUGUGUAUCUUCUGUGGUUUGGCCACAACGAGAGUCAAUCUAUUCUGCGUCAUGGGAUCAUUCUAUUAGGAAAUGGGAUGUUGAGACAGGCAAAAACUUGACAGAUAUAUUCUGUGGGAAGGUAGUCAACUGCCUUGAUAUUGGUGGCGAAGGUUCUGCUCUGAUAGCUGCUGGUGGUUCUGACCCUGUCCUUAGGAUCUGGGAUCCUCGUAAGCCAGGGACUUCUGCUCCUGUUUUUCAGUUUGCUUCUCAUACUUCUUGGGUUUCAGCUUGCAAAUGGCAUGAUAAAUCUUGGUUUCAUUUACUUUCUGCAUCCUUUGAUGGGAAGGUUAUGUUGUGGGAUCUGAGAACUGCGUGGCCUCUUUCAGUCAUUGAAUCACACAGUGACAAGGUACUGUCUGCUGACUGGUGGAAAAGUGACAGUGUUAUCAGUGGGGGAGCAGACUCCAAAGUUUGCAUUUCUUCAGAAAUUCCUGUACAGUGAGGUAUAGAUUGGCUAUUAUUUAGAGAUGGUGGGAUAUGGGCAUAUAUUUCUUAUGUGUAGGGGGAAUGGAUCAGUUUUGAGCCAAUUUUGUCCAUGGCGCAACUGUCAAGCUUUUUAAAUCAGGUGUUCUUAACAAAGUCUUUAUUUUUG